AUGAUUACUGAAGCUUGCUUCUGGAAUCUAGANUAUGCCACUCUGUUUGCCGGCGCACCAACAGUACCCAAAACUCAUGAUCCUGGUCAAGAGGAGAUUGAUGGUCAGGGAUUCUCCAGACGUCUUCUUGCCAUGUUGAAGAAGGAGAAUUUUGUCAAAGGAUUGCAGGAUUUGAUCAGGGACACACGAACGCGUUUGGAUGAACUCGCAAAAGACCCCAACGGCAUCACCGAUCCUUUCGAGAGCAUUUACGGCAUCGUCUACCAACUCACCAUGCGAACGGUCGCGUGCAACGAGAUCGCCAACAAUCGUACUCUGUUGGACCAAACACUGGACAUGUUCGAGAAAAUAGAGGCUUCGUCCUCGGCCAAGCUUAUCAUCUUUCCNUGGUUCCCCUUNCCUGGAAAGCUCAGACGACUCUGGUAUGGUGGUAAACUUUACAUGAUCUUCAAGGGGAUUAUCGAGGACCGUGCCAAGACUGGUCGCAAAGAGGAGGAUCCUCUGCAAUUCUUGAUUGACAAAGGCGAUAAUGUCAAGGAGAUUCUCACGUUCGUCUUGGGUGCGCUGUACGCGGGCCAACUCAAUUCUGGCAUCAACGCUGCUUGGGUUAUCAUAUACCUUGCAAAUGACCAUUACUGGCGCGGAAAGGUUUGGGAGGAGGUCAAGGCAGUUGCCGAGAAGUACGACAAUGACACAUCAAAGUCGAUCGCAGACAGACUGGCAUCUGCUCCCCUCGAGGCGUGGGAGAAUGAAUUGCCCACGAUUGAUUUGUGCCUACGAGACAGCAUCCGUCUGAACGCUUCUGGGUCCAUGUUCCGUAAGAACGAGACAAGCAAGGCCGUCAAGGUAUCAGACGGUACGGAGAUUCCGCCAGGCGCCUUUGCAGCAUACCCAAUGGCCGAUGUUCAUCUCAACCCCGAGGUGUAUCCCGAUCCCGAAAAGUGGGAUCCAUCACGCUACUUGCCAGAGAAGGCAGAGGACCACAAGACAAAGUUUGGAUUCAUCGGUUGGGGCGCAGGCAGACAUCCAUGUCUGGGCAUGCGAUUUGCGAAACUCGAGCAAAACAUCAUCCUCGCCUUCUUCCUCGCCAACUUCGACUUUACCUUGUCGGACAAGCAUGGCAACAAGAUUGAGGGAGUGCCAAAGAGUGACUUUAACACUUUUGCCGCGACCAAGCCNAAAAACAAGAUUUACGUCAAGUACAGCGUGCGAGGAUGA